AAAGAGCCCUUUAAAGUCCUAGUGUACUAAGGAAGGAGUAUCAAUACAUUUUACCUGCUUAUCGGGGAAAAACUCGGUUGUCCACUUUUGUUUGCCAAGUCCUCACUGUCGGGGACUUGACUCAGAAGUCGUUGCCCCGUUUCCCACUAAAAGCGCCGGCUUCAGGUUCGUCUCAAAAAGACCUUUCCAAGUACCUUUCUGCUUCAUUGGCAGAAGCCCCUCACGAUGCCUCUGAACGACGAGCGUCCCACCUCCACCUCUACGGUGGCCAGCGAGGACCAGAACAGCGACACGGAGUCCUCUGAAAGGUGCGACAGUCUGACCUCGUCCAGCGACGUGGACUGUUCUCGCCAGAGCUUCACCAGCGAUUCGUCCAGCAAACACAACUCUCCUUCCUGCAGCCCACCAAAAACCCUAACGCUUGAUGAGGUCAUGGCCUCGGCUCGGGACCUUUCUAAUCUGAGCCUGGCUCAUGAGAUUGUUGUCAACCGGAACUUCCACCUAGAGCCUCCGGAUCUACCCCAAAAUAGCCUGGAGAAGAGAGUUAAAGAUAUGGUGCACAAGGCCUUCUGGGACUGUCUUGAAACUGAGCUGAAUGAUGACCCUCCCGUGUACGAUUACGCCAUCAAACUCCUGGAAGAGAUCAGAGAUACCCUGCUGUCCUUCCUGAACCCCGGGGCCAAUCGCUUGCGUACUCAGAUCAUGGAGGUUCUGGACAUGGACCUGAUCCGCCAGCAGGCUGAUAACAGUGCGGUUGAUAUCCAGGGCAUUGUGUCUUAUAUCAUCAAUACUAUGGGCAAAUUCUGUGCACCGGUACGAGACGAUGAAAUCAAGAAGCUCAAGGAGAACUCGAGCGACUUAGUAGCGGUGUUCAAGGAAAUCUUCCGGGUGCUGGACCUGAUGAAAAUGGACAUGGUGAAUUUUACCAUCCAGAGCCUCAGGCCAGAGCUUCAGAGGCAGUCGGUAGAGUACGAGAGAGCCAAAUUCCAGAGCAUUCUGGAGAGAACUCCCAGUGCUUUGGACCACACAACCGAGUGGAUCAGAUCUUCGAUAGAGGAGGCCUCGCAAUUCAUGCCACCGGCAGACAAGAGCAGCGAUUCCGGGCAGAGCGGCAGACCUUUACCAGGCCCCACGCUGGUGCUAAAUACAGCCUACGUCAGACUGCUCACCUGGGACGAGAGCAAGGGCCCGUUACCAGAGACCGUGAUGACGGAUGAAGUGAGGUUGCAGGAGAUGCAGCGGUCUCUUCAGCUCUGUCAAGCGGUCGCGUCGGUUCUGCUGAUCGUCUACAGCUCUAUAGGAGGCGCCGUGUCAGGCCUGCCAGCUCUUGUCGAGAGACUUAAAAAGAUGACAGCCGUGCUGCUGGAGGGCAUGCAUAGCACAGACUUUAAUCUGACUGAAGCUCUCGGAAACGUCAGUGUUCAGAUCUGCUGCGAGGUCAACAAGUCUCUGGCUGAAAGAAACUUUCCAGCUCUGCCGGCUGAACUGCAGGAAACUCUGAAGGGCCAGAUCUGUGACAUCACCCAGGAAAACAACCCAAUACGCACUCUUGUUGAGGGAAGGGUUCAGCAGUACUUUAGGGUGGUCCUCGCCUCCACCAGCUCUCACAGAACGCCCCCUCCUGUACCGCCAGGCUUAGGCCUGAUUCAGCCGGAGCUCAUGGGGCUCGGGGUUAGUUUCAUCAACCUCGUCAACUUCAACAAAAAGGUUUACGGCCCUUUCUACGUGAGCAUCCUGAAGAAUCUACUGUUCAUCGACAUGCAAGCACCAACCCAGCAGAACGGGAUCAUACAGGGCCCGCCCAGCAGCCCACUGGAGUCCAAAUAAACCAGGAUGCAUCGUUUACUUGAUUCGUUAUCAUCGCCAGACAUUUCACUCGUGUGUUUCCAAGUGAACUCUUUGACGCCUGAUUUAAGGGAAUCACUGCAGUACGAAGACGACUGAAGAACAACAAUGUGCUAUGGUGCUUAAAAUGGGAAAAUGUUUAUUAUGUUACAAAGAGACUAUGUUCCUUGCCAACUUAUAUUUUUAGCAUCUCUCUAACUGUGGUUUUCACUUGACAGUGUUACUGCAAUAGACAAGCAGUCAUUACGUACAGUAUAUUGAACGUGUUUGGGUGCAAGGCAGAAACAUUUCUAUAUUUAGAGUCGCUAAAGACGUAGCCAAAGUAGGCUAAUAUAUUUACCCAGAUCAUUUACAGAUUAUUCAGAAUAUACCCUUUUUAAGGAUACCAGUGUUGCUGUUUCCCACGGCCAUUUUCUAGAUCAUAAAAAAAAAAAAAAUGUUUAUUGGAGCAAUCCGUCAUUGAAAAAGCGAAAUAGUACAUUAUUUUGAAAGUAUUGUAUUACAAAUGACUGUGUGUAUACUUGAAAGAAAAUAUUAUUCUGCGUAAUUUGAAAUGGAAGAAACUUGAAAUUAUAUAAAGAGGGAGAAGCAAAAACUCUGGGAAGAUAAAAAAUUGAACAAUAUUGUUAAAUUAUUAUUUUUGGUCCCGGUAGUGUCAUUUUAUACAGUUACGACUGCAUUAUCAGUUGUCGUCCUUUUUUUAUCCUUUAGACAUCGACAUUUGGAUUAGUUUUGUAUGCUGUUUGUAUCCUUGUGCUUCGGUUACAGGCAUGUUUGUUUUAUUACUGUUGUAUUUGAAAAUUAAGGCGAUUCUCUUAUAUGUUUGUGUUCUUAUGUUAAUUGUUUUAUUCAAACUAUUACCAAACCGCAUAGAUCAAGACCCUUGUUUUGUUGGUGACUAUUUUUACCUUUGUGACAAGCGAAUGAAUGACACCUUUGUGUGGAAAGCCUUUGUUUUAACCACCACAGACCUUCAUUUUAGCAAUUUUUGCAAUAUAUGUAUUGUUUGUUUUUAAGAACCUUGUAAGAACAACAAAAUAUACGUAGUGUGACAAGCACUAAAAAAAAUAAUAAAAGAAAGUGUGAAAAACUA